AUGGAUAUGCACAGAUCGGAGGUGCCUAAAAGUACGAAGGACAAGGGGAAGAAGCAGCCGAGUAGUAGCAAGUAUAGUACAUACACCGACCAGAAUUUCACCGAGUAUCAGAAACUGUGUUCUGAUGUAUUGGGCCUGAUGUUUCAAAAGCUCAACGAUAUAGAUCAUGGCCAGAAUAAGUUGGCCGCGAUAGGUAACGGAUUGUUGAAAUACUCUGCGUUACAAAGAGGCGAAGAACGACUCCUUAACAGUCUUUUCGAGGGCCCAAAGACUAUACCGCGUCAGCCUGGAGGACAACAAAUCAAAUGUAAGCAUGGAGUGGAGCUAAAGCAGCAGCCGACGAAGCGGAAAGUGGAAUCAACCGACGAACCUAAUGCUCCGGAUAGGCCAGCUGUCGAACCUAAUACUACGGAUAAGCCAGCCGCCGAACCUGAUGCUCCGGAUAAGCCAGUCGCCGAACUUAAUGCUCCGGAUAAGCCAGCCACCGAGCCUAAUGCUUCGGAUAAGCCAGCCGCCGAACCUAAUGCUCUGGAUAAGCCAGCCGCCGAACCUAAUGCUCUGGAUAAGUCAGCUGCCGAUACAAGUGCGGAUUGCAGUGUAUUAAUGGAGCUGUGGAUAGUAAAGAACUCCAGGAGACCCGACACUAUUACAUGCACGUCCAGGAGAAACCUUCAGAUGGCAAAAAAAAAAUGCUAA